AUGCCGAAGACGGUGGUGACGUCAUUUCACACAGAGUCCAAGUGUUGCGGUGCGUUCCCGGCAAAGGUCGGGCUCUACGUGAUCAUCGUCACGUUGCUGGUGGCCACGAUGGGAUUCUACUUGAGUGGCCGCUAUAUCGAGUGGAGUCUGUCUUGGACCACUCUCUUCCUUGCGUUAUAUGCGCUCCACGGCAAUCGCAAGAUUCUUCUGUUGAUCUAUUUGAUAGUCCAAGUCGUAUUCUUCCUUCUUUUCACUGCCCUUCUGCUCAUCCAUACUGUCCAAUUCAUUUCCGGGAAAUAUGAUGGGUUGGUUUUGAAAAAUGUUCUCUUUUUAAUGAUUCUGAAUCUAAAAGCCUCUUAAAAAAAUAUUUACUUUCGAAGUUUUUCUGGUCAAUUUAUGACAAAAAAAUCCUUUCAAAACUGAUUAUUGAACUUUUUUUGAACAGAAGAUUAUAAUUUUUCAAAAAAAUAAGGAUUAUUUCAAGUCUAUCAGUCCAAAAAAGGAAGAAAUUGGUUAAUUUGAUAAAUUCACGAUUCCUUGCUCAAUUCGUGACCAAAACGAUGGUCCUAAUGCCGUGUUCAAUUUGAUUCCGCGAAAUGCAAAAUGAUCUCUGACUCUCCAAAAUCUAGUGAUUUUUCUUUUCCUUUCUCUAACGGGUAUUUUGCAUUUCGCGGAAUCAAAUUAAACACGGCAUAAAGCUGACCCCAUAAUUUUUUUUUGAACGAAAAAUUAAAAUUUUCAGGAAAUUGGAAUACAAAUUUAGGGUUUCUUAUUCAAUUUAUCAUUAAAAAAAUGACGUCAUGAUCAACGAAAAGCCAAUUAAUUACAGAGACACAGACAUCGAUUACAACCCGAAUCAUCACAGACAAACCAUCUACGGGCUCAUUUUCCUUUUCGUCUGUAUCGUCCUGCCUCUCUUCAUCUCCUCCAUGCUCACUUACAAGGUAAUUUCAUAAAAUAGCUUAACGAAAGCUCAAAAAGCCUAAAAAUGCGCUUCGGCAGGCUUAGUAUCCUCUUAGGACCUAAUAAAGCCAAUUCAUCAAUCAAAGUCCAACAAAAGCUGGCUGAGACCCAAGUUUUUAUUAAAUUUAUUACCAAAAACUUAUGGUCACUCACGGAACGGGUAAAAAAGCAUAAGGCUGCAAAUCGGUCUUUUCAAAACGCGACCGACCCGAAACGACUUGCGCGCUAUUGUAUUGCAAAGCGUGAGAAGAGAGCUUUUGAGUUUCAAACUAGAUAUAUAAGUUAUAAUCGCAAUACUUACGCGUGAUAGAAUCGGGAAGCACUAAAGCAAGUAAAAAAAGUCGGUCAUCAAAACCGCGACGCCUCGCGCCAUUCCAAAUGCGACCUCGACUUUUAAAAUCACAGUGAACUGAGUGAAAAAAGCGAAAGGUUGAAUAAAAAGGUAAAUGAUCAAGUUUGGAAAUCUGAAGUCCCAAAACAGGGAUUAUGGAACAAACUUUCCAGAAACAAGAAAACUGAUGAUUUUUUUCGAGUUCAUGGUGGACUGUAGGAAAACUUUCAGAAUCAAAAUUCUUAAAUUUUUUUGCAUAUCAAUGACAAGGGUAUCAUAUCAAAAAGUUCAGAAUAAAAAAAAACAUGAUUUUUUCAAUAAAUCCCAUUUCCAGGUCUACCAACACGCUCGAGAGAAAGAAGCUCGCCAAAAGGCCUACGGGGCCGUUUCUCGUAACCCAACUACUUCUGUAUAA